AUGUCUCAGUCUCAGUCUCAGCCUCAGCCUCAGCCUCAGUCUUCCCAGAACCCAGUAAAGCAGCAUAAACUUGUAAUUCCAAACAAGCAUGGUGAAAAGCUUGUAGGCAUAUUACAUGACACUGGAUCUACUGAAAUUGUAAUAGUUUGCCAUGGUUUCCGAUCCACUAAGGAAGAUACUACUAUGGUGAACCUUGCUGUUACCUUAGCAAAUGAAGGAAUUAGCGCCUUCCGUUUUGACUUUGCUGGAAAUGGGGAAAGUGAAGGUUCAUUUGCGUAUGCAAAUUAUUGGAGAGAGGCUGAUGAUUUACGUGCUGUAAUCCAAUACUUUUGUGGAGCAAAUCGUGUAAUAAGUGCGAUUCUUGGGCAUAGUAAAGGAGGCGGUGUUGUGCUUCUAUAUGCUUCUAAGUAUCAUGAUAUUCACAAUGUUGUCAAUCUUUCUGGCCGUUAUGACAUGAGGGGAGGCAUUGAAGAACGCUUGGGGAAGGACAUUAUGGAAAGAAUUGAGCAGGAUGGGUUCAUUGAUGUUAAGAAUUCCACAGGAAGUGUUGAAUAUUGUGUUACCAAAGAAAGUAUGAUGGACCGUCUUAAUACAAACAUGCAUGAAGCGUGUCUUCAGAUUGACAAGGAAUGCAGGGUCUUGACAGUCCAUGGAUCAGCUGACACAAUUAUCCCUGUUCAAGAUGCGCACGAGUUUGCCAAGAUUAUACCAAACCACAAAUUGCAUAUUGUAGAAGGAGCCAAUCAUGGAUACACUAAACAUCAAGCUGAACUAGCAUCAGUUGUUCUGAAUUUCAUAAAAGAAGAUGCCUGAUGAAACCCGGUUUUAGUGCUCAAGUUAAAGCGAGCAGGGAAGUAUCAUAAAUUGAACAUGUGAUCUGAAGCACUCCCUGCAAGACUGUUUCGUUUCAUUUAGUGACAUGUUCUAUAUUUUGGACUUGUGGAUUAAAAUUGUUGAAUUUUAAUAAUUCAUGAAUAUA